UUGGACACGUUUGUCGAGUGCGUCUUCUCCUCAAUCCACCUGCCUGCGCGCGUCGGGAACAGGAAGCCCAUGGAGGGAUGUCGCGAUGCUGUGCACAAGGAGAACUAAAACUUUGGUGUCGACAUGUGUGAUCCUGAGCGGCAUGACCAACAUCGUGUGUCUCCUCUAUGUCGGCUGGAUCACCAACUAUGUCGCCAAUAACGGAGGUCCCAAAGUUGCGGAGAGCGGCGGGGAGGCCGACAGAAACUUGGAAGAGGACAGUAAAGGGGAAACGCUGAGGAUUAUCGAGAGGCUCGACCGGCUGGAGAGCGUCGUCAACGAGCACAUCAAAGAGACCCCUCAGAAGGACGGUGAAGACGCUGCAUCCUCGUCAGACUCUGCCUCAGACUCCGCCUCCUCACUCUUUGACCACUGGGGUCACGACCUGGGCCCAGAGAGUCGAAGGGUCGCCCUCAGGAAGUUCCGUUACUAUGGCUACAACGGCUACCUUAGUGACCGCAUCUCUCUCACCCGGUCGAUCCCAGAUUUACGUCCGGACGGAUGCAGAAACAUUUCGUACUCAACAGAUCUUCCUCAGCUCAGUGUCAUCUUCAUCUUUGUCAACGAGGCCUUGUCAGUAUUGCUGCGCUCCGUCCACACAGCCAUCCAGAGGACUCCGUCACACCUGCUCAAAGAGAUCAUACUUGUAGACGACCACAGCAACAGCGUUGAGCUGAAAGAGCACCUGCAGAGCUUUGUGGAGGAGACCAACGCUCAGCACGGUCCGGGAUUCAUCAAGGUGGUCCGCCAUGACAAGCAGGAAGGGCUGAUCAGAUCCAGGGUCAGUGGAUGGAAGGCCGCCUCUGCUCCUGUCGUCGCUCUAUUCGAUGCACAUGUGGAGUUCAACACUGGAUGGGCAGAACCUAUUCUGCAGAGAAUAAAGGAGGACCGCACCCGGGUGGUGUCUCCCUCUUUUGACAACAUCAAGUAUGAUAGCUUUGAGAUUGAAGAGUACCCGCUGUCUGCUCAGGGCUUCGACUGGGAGCUGUGGUGUCGAUACCUCAACCCACCAAAGUCCUGGUGGACACAACGCAACCACACAGCCCCCAUCAGGAGCCCAGCUCUGAUUGGCUGCUUUGUGGUCGAUAGGAAGUACUUUGAGGAGAUUGGCUUGCUAGAUGAAGGCAUGGAGAUUUAUGGUGGAGAAAACGUGGAGCUUGGCAUCAGGGUGUGGCAGUGUGGUGGCAGCGUGGAGGUCCUGCCCUGUUCGAGGAUUGCACACAUCGAGCGUGCCCACAAACCCUACACAGAGAAUCUGACAGCCCACGUGCGUCGUAAUGCUCUGCGGGUGGCUGAGGUCUGGAUGGACCAGUACAAGAAUCACGUCUACAUGGCCUGGAAUGUUCCACUACAGAAUUCAGGAAUAGACAUUGGGGACAUCUCUGAGCGAAAAGCCCUGCGGUCCAGACUCCAUUGUCGACCUUUCAGCUGGUUCCUCUCCAACAUCUACCCUGAGCUCCGAUCCUACAGCAACACCAUUGCUUACGGAGUGUUGAAAAACAGUCUGAGAGACAACCUGUGUUUGGACCAAGGACCUGACACUGACAAUGUUCCCAUCAUGUACCUCUGUCAUGGUAUGACACCGCAGAAUGUCUACUACACAAACUCGCAGCAGCUUCACCUGGGAGUGCUGAGUCCAACGAUUGACGAUGAUGACAACAAGUGUUUGGUGGAUGUGAACAGCAGACCCAGGCUGCUGGAGUGCAGCUACGCAGCCACCAAACACAUGAAGCUCACCUGGACAUUCACUCAGGGUGGCUCCAUCCAGAAUAUGGAGUCUCUGCAUUGUCUGGAGCUGGUGGAGAGCAGACAGUCAGAGUUCAGCUUUCAGCUGGUCAUUCAGGACUGCACAGAUCAGAAAUGGACCAUCACGAACAUACUGACUGUCCUGCCACAGUGAACACACUGACACCAGUCGGCUAAUGGAACACCUUUGUUGUGAUGGACUGCUCGAGUCAGUGAGGAAGUUUGAGGACUUCUUCUGCUGACCCAGAUCAACGAUCAAUUGUCACAGAGUUCUGGUGGAGACAAAAAAAUGAGUCCAGUUAGAAAUGGGAAAAAUGCUGAAGUAAGCAGCAAAGUACUUGUCCAAAAAAUGAGCUUUAAUAUCAGACCUAUUUUUAAGGAGAAUCUGCAUAGGAAAAGAUGUGCUUCAAUCAGACACGGACCAUCAGUAACCUAAUAACCGUUUUAUACCAAUGACCUGAGAGAAGAGACACUCACAGAUGGAGCCGGGGCUCUUAAAACGUCCCUCUCUGCAAUCGAAAUGAUAAAUAUAGCUGCUUGUUUCAUGGGACAGGCCCAUGAAAUCAUGUAAGCACUCUGGUUAUUGCAGGAGCAGUAUUUUGGGUCCCUGUCCACCUUUUAUGAUAGGGCCUGUACUCCUUCCGUCUCAACGCACAAUCACUAUAACAAAUUGAGUGAGUAUUGGUUUCAAUAUGUUUGUGUGCAGAGGGAGAAAUGCAAGGUGAGUGACUGAACAUGCCGUAGAAAAAUCUAGCAAUUUUACAAUGCAAACAGGCUGAUUUGUUACACAAAUUAUGUGGAGGAGACAGAUUUCAAGUUAUUACUGUUUGACUCAGACUGUGGGCAGGACAGAUGCUGCAGAUUUCCUCAGUAUCACAAAAAGGUGACAAAGUGUCGUGGAGAAUAACCAGUGAGUGAUAUAAACUGACAUUGUGAUAGAAACUGUAUCCCUCAGAAGUUUCGGAGUGUGCUGUAGAAUUAAUUUGAUCAGAGGCGGAGCUGUCCAUCAUGCUGGCAGGCGCCAUGUUUGUGGACAGAGCAGAAGAUUAAUCUGAACAAGAAGAUUUUAGAUUUCCUAGCUCCUGUAUCACCAGCACUUAACACAACUUUGGCUCAUGCAGCAUUGGUAUUACAACCCAUUCUCAUUUCCAGGGUGUCAAAUAUGGCAGCCUGGUCGGUGGCCCUUGGCCUCUAUUACCAACACACAAGGCACCUUUCAACUAACUCCAGUGUGAGACUGUCUGCAACAAUAACAUAGUAGAGAGACAGAGAAAGUCCGGACUUUCACCCAGAAGACCAGUGGUCGUGUCCUGUGAGGAUACCAGAAGUCAACUUGAGUUUUUAUGCUUUUGUGCUAGUGAGAGCCAUGGCCAGAGGGUUGUCCGUCCGUCCAUCCUUUCGUACAUAUAUACAUAGAUACAUACAUAUGUGUGGCUAUAUGGAGAAAAUUCCCAUUUUCAUGAAUUGGAUUUAUCAAGUAUGACUUGAGGGUAUUUCUUCACAUUUGGCACGUCCACUUGGACUCAUAGAUGAACUAAUUAGAUUUUGAUCAGCAAAGGUCAAGGUCACUUUGUCCUAGUCUGUCUAAUCCUCAUGAAUGCAAUAUCUCAGGAGCACCUUGAGGAAAUUUCUUCAAAUUUGGCACAAGUCCACUUGGGCUCAACUACAUACUGAUUAGAUUUUUGUAGUCAAAGGUCAAUGUGACCUCAUAAAACAUGUUUUUGACCAUAA